CGAUUCACAUGUUCAUCCUCUAGGCGGCUAUGUCCACUAGAAGCACAUUCGCGUUCAAGCAUGAGGCGGGACAACACGCACCUGUCAAAUUGUCCGCCGCCAUCUUGCUUCUGACGUUUGCCGUUACGUUCAGGAACGCGUUUAGUGAAUGUGUAUGACGAUGUCAUUGUGGUGUGCGUUCUUUGAAUUAUAGUGUACGGUGUGUUUCUGUGUGUGUAUUUUUUGCUAGAUUUAGACGGAGGUCUAAUUACUAAUCUAGUCCAUGUACUUUAUAACAAUGUUAAUACACUCUCCCUGACUUACAAUCUAUAAGGUAGAUAUAUAGCGAGGGAAAUUGUAAAGGAAGAUUAUUUAUUAUAGAUAAAUAUAUAAUUAAAGAGAUGGACACGAGAAACGAUGGACACGGUGACGACAUUGAACUGAGUGUUCAAGGAGCGAGCAAACCCAGCGACGUUUCGACAAAAUCGGAUCUCCCCGAAAGAGGAUCAUGGGCCAGCAAACUGGAUUUCAUCCUCUCUGUAGUGGGUCUUGCGAUCGGGUUGGGCAACGUGUGGCGAUUCCCCUACUUAUGCUAUAAAAAUGGCGGCGGCGCUUUCCUCAUUCCUUACUUCCUGACGCUCUUCCUCGCUGGAAUCCCGAUGUUCUUCAUGGAAUUGGCUAUGGGACAGAUGCUUACCAUCGGCGGCUUGGGAGUAUUUAAGAUUGCACCUAUAUUUAAAGGUAUUGGAUACGCAGCCGCUGUGAUGUCAUGCUGGAUGAACGUGUACUACAUUGUUAUCCUGGCUUGGGCGAUCUUCUAUUUCUUUAUGUCGAUGCGAUCGGACGUGCCAUGGCGAAACUGCGACAACUAUUGGAAUACGGAAACAUGCGUGAACCCCUACGAUCGCAAGAACCUCACUUGCUGGUCUUCGAUGAACAUGACCACCUACUGCACUCUCAACGGCAAGAAUAUCAGCAAAGCGGUGCUCUCUGACCCUGUUAAGGAAUUCUGGGAACGUCGCGCCCUCCAAAUCUCGAGUGGCAUUGAGCAUAUUGGUAACAUCCGCUGGGAGCUAGCCGGGACGCUCCUGCUGGUGUGGGUGCUGUGCUACUUCUGCAUCUGGAAGGGCGUGAGAUGGACCGGCAAAGUGGUGUACUUUACCGCUCUGUUCCCAUACUUCUUGCUUACCGUACUGUUGAUCAGGGGAAUAACCUUGCCCGGAGCGAUGGAAGGCAUCAAGUUCUAUAUAAUGCCGAACAUGUCGAAACUUCUCGAGUCCGAAGUGUGGAUAGACGCUGUGACACAGAUCUUCUUCUCGUAUGGUCUAGGUCUGGGAACACUUGUUGCCCUCGGCAGUUAUAACAAGUUUACUAAUAACGUUUACAAAGACGCUCUGAUAGUCUGCUCUGUGAACUCAAGUACAUCUAUGUUCGCUGGUUUCGUGAUAUUCUCUGUGGUUGGAUUCAUGGCCCACGAGCAACAGCGACCCGUCGCUGAAGUCGCUGCUUCAGGUCCCGGCUUAGCCUUCCUGGCGUAUCCAUCAGCUGUGUUACAACUUCCCGGAGCUCCUCUAUGGUCUUGUCUCUUCUUCUUCAUGUUGCUCCUCAUUGGUUUGGACAGCCAAUUCUGUACCAUGGAAGGCUUUAUCACCGCUGUUAUUGACGAGUGGCCCAAACUUCUCAGGCGGAGGAAGGAAAUAUUCAUUGCCAUCACUUGCGUCAUCUCUUAUCUGGUCGGAUUGUCGUGUAUUUCUGAGGGUGGUAUGUACGUAUUCCAAAUCUUGGACUCGUACGCCGUGUCUGGUUUCUGCCUGCUGUUCCUCAUCUUCUUCGAAUGCGUGUCCAUCUCUUGGGCUUUUGGUGUGAACCGCUUCUACGAUGGCAUCAAGGAGAUGAUCGGCUACUACCCCACCAUUUGGUGGAAGUUCUGUUGGGUUGGCUUCACGCCUGCUAUUUGUAUUAGCGUGUUCAUCUUUAACCUCGUUCAAUGGACGCCGAUCAAGUAUAUGAAUUACGAGUAUCCAUGGUGGUCGCACGCAUUCGGCUGGUUUACUGCGCUCUCAUCCAUGCUGUGCAUACCAGGGUACAUGCUAUACCUGUGGAGGGUCACCCCGGGCACUGCUAUGGAGAAAUUCCACACAAUUGUCCGCAUCCCGGAGGAUGUGCCAGCUCUGCGCACUAAGAUGCAAGCUGAGGAACAGGCCAAACACGGCAAAGCCUAAACGUGAUCUCAAUCGAGAUUCUACUGUACUUCCAAAUGAAACGCACAAUAAACGUCUAAAUUUUGUGCCAAAUAUUUAAAAAGUAUUUAUCCGCAGUAUUAUUUAUUAUUAAUUAAGUUGUAUAAUCAGUGUGUCAAUAUUAUUUAAGUUGUAUAACUGGUGUGCCAAAAUAAUUAUCAGCCGCUAUAAUCAACGUGCUAUAUAUGUCGUAUACUCGACGUGACAUGCUUAUUUUGACUGUAUAACUGGGGGUUACCGUGACGUCUUAAGCAGAACGUAUUCUAGUGUGUUCUAGUGUGGGAAAGUAUUGGCGCUAGAUGACCUGUAUAGAUCUUUUUCCCACUCUGGAAUAAGUAUGUACGUACGUUAAACGUCACGGUAGUCCACCUGGUGCGCCAAAUAAUUAUCAGCCUAUAUAAUCGACGUGCUAUUAACAAUUAUUGAAGCCGUAUACUCAACGUGCCAUAAUUAAUUAUUAAUUCGUAUAAUCAACGUGCCAUUAUUAUUAUUAAUUAUAAUUAAGUUACGUUCUGGGUGCGUCGCGACGCGUUCAUGUAUGUUUGUUUUUACGCUAUAUUUCCAAGUUAAGUUAAAAAUGCGAUUUAAUUAGGUAAUUAAAGUUAACUAUAUAUUAUCGUCUUCCACUUAGGAUGCUUUAAGUGUAUUUUACGCGUAGUAACAUGUAGUAUUAUUUGCAUAAUCGAUUUAUAAUUAUGAAAUAAUAUUCGAUAUAUUUUCCAAUUGUUUGUCUAUUAUAGUCGUAGUAAUGGAAUAUUUUAGUAGAUAUUAAAUAUUUUCAGCUUAUGAUUAGCUAGUGUAUAGCGUAUUUUUAUCUAAAUGUUGUAUUGUGUGUAACGAGGCCAUAGGAAUCUCCAUAUAAUAAUUAAAAUGUCGAUGUCUAUAACAAUAAAAAAUUUAAAGAUUGCCUAUUACAAGCUUCCGUCGCAUGCAACUUCGUCUAUUUCACAUUUAAUGUGCAUUGUAUAUUUGUUUCCAUAAUUUUCUUGAUCACUAAGAAUUAUUAUCAACAUAUCGUAGUUUAAGUAAUGUUACUUUGGUUUUGUGGCUUUAAUAGUUUUAUGAUUUAGUUAAGUUGAUAUGAUUAUUUUGAUCAAUUUAAGUUAUAAAUCCAUUUAUAAUAAUGUAUUUUAGAUACGUAAUACUCCUGUGUUCUAUCCGAGACCAAAGAUUUUUCCAGAAGUUUACAUUUCUUGAUGAAUUUUACAAUGUACUGUAGUUUUAUACCAACUCGACGUAAAUUCUUGGCCUAACCUAUUUACAUUUAUUUUUCGAUUCUAUCUUUAAAUCAAAUAUUAGUAGUGUUUACUCAUAUAUUCAAAUAAAAAAUUUUGUCAACACGAGACCAGAACUGUGUGGAUUUCAAAAAACUAAGUGUUCAUCUAUCGUCUAUAACAAAUAAUCCAUAUAAAAUGUUUAACGUGUCAAUUUUUAUAAAAAAAGUGAACAUUCGUAGAUGUAUGGCGUUUUAAAAACAAUUAUAGCAAUUAUUAUAAUCAAUACUUAUUAAAUUAUGUACCCCAUAUAUAG